AUGACAUGUGGUGAUAUCUUCUUGGCUUUGAUAGCCGUCCUCUUUCCCCCCAUUGCAGUCUGGAUCAAGUCGGGCAUCUGCUCGGUUGAUUCCCUUAUCAAUAUCCUCCUCUGCAUGCUCGGCUACGUCCCUGGCCUUCUGCACGCCUGGUACAUCAUCGCACGCCACCCCGAGCGCGACUUUGAUUAUGAGGUGAUUCCCGAUUCCGAACGAGGGGGUCAGGGUGGGCGAGUCACAUACUACUACAUCCGUCAUGAAACCGUCCCUCGGCGGGAUUAUGGUACGCAAGCUCAAUCGCAAGAUCGACCUGCCCCUCCCCCGCCUGCCGGCCAGGGUAGCAAUAGACCGGCGCCACCGCCUCCCUCAAACCAAGAGCCUCAAGGAAAUGAGCCUGCCGGACCAAGUGUGGGUGCGGGAAGCAAUGAGCCUGGUGCCCCGCCUAGCUAUUCGGAAGUUGUGAGGGGUGAUCACAAGAUUCAGACUCAAGAUUAA